CGGGAGGGUGGAGCUCGCCGCCGCUCCUCUGGGAACAUUGAAUCAAUCCACACACUCGACACGUCCGCCGCGAUCACUGCGCACUAGAGGAGCCGCGCUUUGUUCUUAUCUCUGUUACCUCUCGGUCACCGGUCCCAUCGACCCCUCCCUGGGCUCUCUCUCGCCGCGGAAGAUGACGGCUGUGGAGCCGCUGAGAUCGGCGAUGACCAUCGGGAGCGUGGAGGACACGUCGCUCGCGCUUCCCUCCGACAAGAAGCUGCGCUCGGGACAGCAGCGCGUGCUCGAUCAGGUGCACACCAUCAAGAGGGGCAAGUCCAAAACCUGGAAGAACGGUCAGCUGUCUCCACCACCUACAGGCCAGACCUUGCAGACAAAUUCCGAGUUUGAAACGUUCAAGUUUGAUCCAUCCAAAGCAAAUGGCACCUUCCACCGCAGCAGCUCCGCCAUGUCAGCAGGCCUCAACAAAGCGAUGAACUAUCAGAAGAGUCGCUCCCUGUCCACUAAAAUCACAAGAGGAAGAUAUCAAAGCACCUCUGGCGGAUGGGAACAGCAUAUUAGAGGCUCCAGCUGGGGUCCCGGUGGGCUGAAAACCAGUCACAGUGACCCCUCCUUGGUUCCUCAAUUUUCUGCUGCACCUGCACCUGUCAUGAGAGCAAAGGGGCAGACAGGCCUGAGCCAGCACUCCAUCCAUAAUCAAUACAAUAGACACAGCACCUACUCCAUGACCAACGGCACUCAGAUGACUAACAGCCAGGCACGCAUUGUCCAGCAACCCUCUUCCCACACUGAGGGCAAGAUGGGAACCAUGAAAGCAUCCAGGAUGGAUCUACAGCAGUCAGCUGUGAACAGUGGGAUUAAUUUAUCAGAGCUGACCCUGAAGGAGGCUGUAGAGUAUCUGUCUCACCCUGAAGAGAAUUUCCAGAUGUGCGGUGCCACCUUCAUCCAACACACCGCCUUCAAAGAGGAGCAUGCCAAACAGCAGGUUUUCCAACUAGGGGGUAUCCCUCUUCUCGUGACCCUGCUGCGGAGCCCCAACCCUGGGGUGAGCCAGGCUGCUGCUGCUGCCCUGAGGAACCUGGUGUUUAAGGAUCAGAGCAACAAGCUGGAGGUUCAACACUGUGGUGGUAUAGGCAAGGCCCUGCAGCUACUGAAGGAGACAGAUUCUACUGAGACUCAGAAACAAAUCACAGGCCUGCUAUGGAACCUGUCGUCUGCUGAUGAGAUGAAGGGAGAACUCACAGCGACUGCACUGCCCGCCUUGACUGAGAAUGUGGUGGUGCCGUUAACAUGCUGGUCGGACGACAGCGCCAACAACAACAUUCACCCCGAUGUCUUCUACAACGCCACGGGAUGCCUGCGGAACCUGAGCUGUGGUCAGCUGAGGGAGAGACACGCAAUGAGAGAUUGCAGUGGCCUCAUCGACUCCCUCAUGAGUUACAUCCAGUCCUGUGUUGCGGAGGAUAACCCUGAUGACAAGUCUGUGGAGAACUGUGCAUGCAUCCUCCACAACUUGACCUACCAACUGGAGUCGGAGUCCCCAAAAGCCUUUAGCAGGUACUAUCCUCAAAACCUGGGCCAGUUCGAGGGUGAGAAAAGCCCCACAAUGGGAUGUUUCAGCCCCAGGAGCAGCAAGCUUCAAAAGGAGUUUUUGUUUGAUGUGGAUCAGGCCUUGCCAGAGGUAAGCCCCCCUUCAGGCGAAAACGUCCUGAGCCAUCCCAAAACCAUGAAAACCUACCUGUCCCUUUUGGGCUCGUCCCGGAACGACGCCACCCUGGAGGCCACCUGCGGUGCCCUGCAGAACCUCACAGCCAACCGGGGGAUGGGCUCCAUGGGUGUGACCAGGAUUCUGAUUCACAAGUUGAGCGCUCUGCUGCACAUUUCUCCUCUGUUGAAGUCGCCUAACGAUACCCUGCAGAAGACUGCCAUGGCCCUGCUGAGUAACAUGUCUCGGACCUGCAGUGUGCAGCCCGCCAUGGCAAAGCAGAUUCUGCCGGAGCUCACCAGGCUCCUCUCCUCUGGCCCCCGAGAAAUGGGAAAAAGCGAUGAUACCAUAUCAGCAGCUUGCGGCACAGCUUGGUCUCUGAUGAUGGCAGAACCUGAGAUCGGCAAGAAGGUCAUUAAUAAUCUACUGGUGACAUCACUGGCUGACAUCAGCGAGAAUGGGUCUCUCCCCAAAAGCAGCAAAGCCGCCUCGCUGCUGCUCUACAACUUGUGGAACGAGAAGAAUUUUCAGGGUGUCUUGAAGAAGCUCAGUUUGGCCAAGUCACUUUUUGUCAAUGAGAACACCAAAGCAGUGCACAGGUCGGUACAAGUCAUCGACUGAGCAUGACAGACUGGCAGCGGCACAGGGCUCUAGAGAUGGAAACCAGCAUGUUAAGACACUGCUGCGGCCACACCCAAUCAACAAGGAGAGUGAAAUUCCCCUGAUAAUAGCUUUGCCGAAAGAUCCAGUUAGCAGUCAAUAGUAUAUUGUACAUACUAUAGAGACGAGUGAGCUUUCAAUUUCAUGAGUAAUCCUGCGGUGUUGUAUGUAUUUAAUUUUGAAUAUGUUUCUGUGUGUGUUUAUAUAUGUAUGGGUGAGUGUGUUUUUGGUAGGUUAAGUGUACUGAAAACUAGUUUUUACAGCCUGUGAGCCACAGUACACCAGAUAUUGUGGACAGACGACAUUAUCUUCAGUGAAAUGUUACUUAUUCAGAUUUAUGAAUUGCAUAGCUAUCAAAUUUGUCUGUGCAGCAGACUAAGAGAUAAAAUAUCUAAAGUGGCCUUGAGGACUGAGCAGCUGAAAAUGAAAGUUAUAAGAAAAACAUGUGAGAAGCUGAGAAGACCAAAAAAGAUUGUGUAAUUUGUGAUAUUGCUGCUGUCAUUGUCCACCCAAAGAGUGUUUUCUGUCAGUAACAAUAUCAUAAAAACAUCUGUGUUGUUCGUUUAGUAUUUUUUGGAGUUAGAAGGUUGACGAUGGUUUCAUAUGUUGAAUGUACCUUUAGUAUGUAAAAAACUGAGCAAACGCUCGGGUCAAGAAAGAGCUAGCACUUGGAUUUUCACAAGAAACCAAAGAAAUGCUUCAUUGUUGGUCAUGUUUUUUUUUUUUUUUGCUACUUCAUUCGGUUGUCUACAUUCAACCACCAUGCUGAAAUCGUUUGAAUAGUUUAACAUUUUGGGAAACGCGUUUAUGGAGCUACAGCCUGCUCCCUGUUUGCUUAGCUUAGAACAAAGACUGGAAACAGAGGGAAACAGCUAGCCUGAUUCAGUCGAAAAGGAACAAAAUGCAGCUGCACGCAACUGCAAAGCUUCCAAACUAAAAGCUGGUUGUUUAAUCCAAACAAAAUCCAGUUUUGAUUAUUAUUAUUUUAUUUUUACAAACAUUGCAUAAGGAGUUAAUGGAAAUAUGUAGCCAUUGCAGACAGACUGUCGAGUCCCAUCGUUUCCCAGUCUAAGCUCGAGCUGGUGGUAGCUACACAUUUAGCAUCUCAUCUAAAUUUCCACAAAAAACAAAUGAUCUCAAAAUGUCAAACUGUUCCUUUACAGUCGAAUACCUUGUGCCUUGUUGUAUCAUGUAGCUUUGUCAUUAACUUACCAAUUAAAAAUGUAUAAAUCCUA